AUUAUAAUGAUUCUUUUGAGAUGUUUGAUAAUUCUGUGACAUAUAUUGAUGAUUUGUCUGAAGAUUUUCAAUAUACUAAAGAAGUUGUUAAUAAUUUUCAUGAUAAUUAUAGUGAAUGUUCUAGCUCUAUGCAUAAUUAUUUGGAUAAUAAUUUGCUAAAUAAUAAACAAGAUGAUGAAAUUUAUUUGAUGACAGGGCAAUUAAGAGUAAAUGAAAUUAUUCAUAGUAUUUUUUCUAUUGAAUAUCCUCCAACAUCAGAGAAUGCAUUACUUGAUCAAAAAUGUCCUUAUGAUAAUUAUAAUUGUGAUGGACAAUUUAUUGUUAAGAAAAAGGCUAAACUUAAUCUAAAUUCUAAAGAUAAUUGGUUUGUUGGAUGUACAAAAUGGCAAUUAAAAUCUAAAGGAUUAAAUUUCUUUUAUUAUCUUAAUUAUGAAAUUGAUCUUUUAUUAUUAAAAAAAUUAUUUAAAGAGAAAGGAAAGGAAAAACAAACUACAACAAAUAUUAUUCAAUCUCAAACAAAAACUAAAAAAGUUAAAAUUGAAAAUGAAUCUAUAACAAAUUCAUCUAAUAUUACUGAAGCAAAUUUAGAUGAAAAAGAAUGA